AUGUUGGCAUUUACAAAAUGGAUGUGGAGAGGUGCAUUUAAUUAUACAAGAUCUGCAUAUGAAAAAAAGAGUAGUAGAUUCGUACCUGAACAUCUAACAUCAAUAAACUAUCCAGAUACCAACUUUGUUGUGACAGGUGCCAACUCUGGUAUUGGAUAUGCAACUGCUUUAGAUUUAGCGAGAAGAGGAGGACGUGUACAUAUGAUUUGUAGGAAUAAGGAACGUGGAGAACAAGCAUUAUUUAAUAUCAUACAGGAAACAGGUUCUGAAAAUAUGAUCGAUGAAGGCGAACGAAUCGAUGUGUUGAUAUUGAAUGCCGGCGUCAUGAUGUCACACCGCACCACCACAGACGAAGGCCACGAGAUGACAUUCGCAACCAAUCUGCUCGGUCCCUACUUGCGUACACCAGAACAAGGCGCCGAUACCAUAGUGUGGCUAGCGGUGUCGCCCACCGUCGAGAAUGAAUCCGGAGGAUUCUACGAAGAUCGUGAACUUACAGCCAAACACCUCACCAAAGACACAGAGUCGACACGUGAGGAGAUAGACAAUCUUUGGACCUACCUGGAGAAGUGUGUACAAGAUGAAGAACAACAACCAAAAGAACAACAGCCAAACAGCAGAGACAACAGUGACAAUGAACAUCCCGAUGGUUUGGUAGAGGGUGAAACUCAUCCAAUGAGAUGA